AUGCUUGCACGUCCUUCAAUACUCCGUCUCUUCUCCACAGCGCCCCAGUAUCGUCUCUUUGAGAUUUAUCGCUUUAAUCCCGCAAGAGAUAUCAAGCCUCACAUGGAGCGCUAUGCAGUCGAUCUGUCUCAGUGCGGAGGCAUGGUACUCGACGCCCUGUUUCACAUAAAGGAUACGAUCGAUCCCACAUUCACCUUUCGCAGAUCUUGUAGAGAGGGCAUUUGUGGAUCGUGCUCGAUGAAUAUCAAUGGAGAAAAUGGCCUUGCGUGUUUGACUCGGAUUGGAAAGGGUUCCAAGACGAUCACCAUUCGCCCACUUCCUCACAUGUUUGUCAUCAAGGACCUCGUGAUUGACCAGACAAACAGCUAUGAACAAUACAAUUCGAUUAAGCCCUGGCUGCAGAAGAAGCAGAAGAAUGAGCCCACUGAUGAUUUAUAUCUCACCGAGAACCUUCAGUCUCCGCAGGAUCGUGCCAAGUUGGACGGUUUGUAUGAGUGUAUUCUGUGUAACUGCUGUUCCACAUCGUGCCCUUCCUAUUGGUGGAAUCCCGACAAAUACUUGGGACCGAUGGUUUUGCAACAAGCCUAUCGUUGGAUUGUGGAUUCGCGAGACGAAAUGACAGAAGAGCGACUUCGUGACUUGGACGAUGUGUACAAGCUGUAUCGUUGCCACGCCAUCAUGAACUGCACUCACUCCUGUCCAAAGAACCUCAAUCCAGGUCGGUCCAUCGCCCACAUCAAGCAGCUUCUACACCAUCGCCACUUCUCUCUUGUUUCCAACAAACACUCGUAA